AGUCAGUCGUUCCUCGGUGCCGGUGGAGUGUGGAUGUGCCUGCUCGCGCUGUGAUUUACACUCCUACUACGCUAUCUCCCCUCUCUCUCUCUCUCUCUCUCUCUCUCCUGUGUGUCAGCUGACGGAAAGGGUGCCUAGGGAUCAUUAAUUCGUCCAGUACUACGCACCCCUGGUUCCUCGAAGGGGGUUAAAUUCGAAGUCCUGCCGAAGGUCUCAGCCUAAUCCAAGUACUCGAAGGUGGUCGAGUGUGUCGUGAGAGCGCGCAGGCGCAGAGAGAAGGGGGCGUAACCGAGUCGUCAUGUGUUCGGAAGUCCGGUCCAUUCACCCACGCCCCAAAAUAGAACUCGUUCGUGUGUCGAGCUCGGAGAGGGCCAAGAUACCCGUGAACCCAGUGCAGCUCAACCUCUCCUACUGCCACGUCAGGAGUGCCACGUACGUCCGCCCGUGCCCAAGGCUUUUGCGCCCCCGCCCCCCUCCUCGAUGCGGGUCCCCCCCAACACUACUCCCAAACUUCCAAAGUCGCAGACCCCGACGGCUAUGGGCCCCCUGGCGCUCCCACGCGCACGCAGGACCUCCAGUGUCGACCAAAUCCUGCGACGACCUCCACAGAGUCAGCGUAACUGCCCAUCACCCCUCUUCCAGUAGAUCAGAGGGGUGUUUGUUGACGUUACUGCUCACGCCGUCGCUGCUCCUACCCCCGAGGACCAACACCCCGCCUCACACGGCCCCCAAAUACCGCCUCUGGCGGGGAUUCAGCCGCAGCGCCCGGGACAUCAGCCUAGCGCCUCCUUCAGGGCCGCCUCGUCCGGCCAUCAGCCUGGCAGUCAUGGACAAGCUCACGACGAAGGCCCCGCCCCACCCCGUCCGCCACAAGGCGAGUACCCUCCCUUACUCGCAGGCCUCUGGUCCCCAGCCGGGCACGCGCAGGCACAAGGGCCUCCUGGCCCUCCUGCGACGCCUGAGCCCGCGCCUCAAGCGGACGCCCUCGCCGGACAGGUCGUGGGUGAAGGUGGAGCCGCGUCUGGGAGACCGGACUUCCGUCGCUUCCGACCACAGCUUCGAAACGGCUCUGCAGGUCCGCCAUUCGGAGCUCCUCGGGUACGACGUGUACCACAAUGCCCACACUCCCCAGCAGGAGGCCCCCCCUCAGAAGAGCGAGGGCACUAGGGGCAGUCGCGGGGGCGGGCUCAGCGGACUGCUGACCUCCCUGAGGGGCUCCAAGCAGAGCCAGCAGAAGCAGGAGAAGAACAACGCCGCCACAACGAACAGCAGCGCCGUCGAGAAGCGGCCCCCGGAGAAGGAGGUCGAGUCCGAGCGCCAGCAGAAGGGCGUCGCCGCCGCCGCCCCUGGGAGUCUCGAGGCGGCCGAAAGCCAGCAGCAGAACGGAGCAACGACACACAAAUACACGCCAGUGAAAACACAGGGUCCUCCACCGAACGUACCGGCCACUGUGGUUCCUGCUUUAUAUUUAUAUUCCACAGACCUGGUGGACUCCCGAUCCAAGCUUGACAUGACGACGGCUUCCGUCCCACUCCAUACCAGCGCAAGGCCUACUGCUGCUGCUCAGCGCCCUCACACGCUUAACUUACCGAACCGAGGCCAGAGCAGAACGGGGUGGACGGCAGCUGCCGGGCCGCCACCCCAUCCGCAACCUCCUGUGCCCUUGCCCCCUGCUGCAUUAUCACAAAUGACGCAGCCAACACAGACGACCUCUGUCGACAGCAUAGGUUCUUGUUCAUUAGAUGUCAAUGCAACUGGCACGACUUCACCUGCCACCAUGGAAGCUGUAGAUGGGUCUCGACAGAGCUUACGUAGUCUCAGUUUAGAGAACAAUUUAUCUUGUGCAACUUCGCCUGGUGCGAGUAUAGGAACAACUACACCAUUGCGACCUAUUCUAAAACCACAACCAUUUACUGACCCGGGUUCUCUCAAAGACCCUGGAGGAACGACAGAUGGUGGCUACAAAACCCCAUCUUAUCUAGGAAUAUCUUGUGCAGUAAACGGUUACAGCAGACUAAACAGGUAUGAUUCAUCGUUGCGAGAUGGCUUUCGUUCUAGGGAUGCUAGCCCAGCUCGCCUAGCUUUUAGCCGCAGUAGGGACUCUAGUCCUAUGCGACCAGAGUGGAAGGUUUUUGAUCCUAGAACAAAAGCCUCCCCACAAGCAACUGCUGCAAAAAUUAGAGAGCUUAAGGAAGAACUAGCGCGUUUUAAAGCAGAGUUUCCUCCCACCCCUUCAGAGCGUGGUCGACAGGGCUCAUCAAGAAAGUUGGGAAGAAAGCCUUCUCAAGGUCGUAGUAUUAGUGUUGAUAGAGGAUAUCUUACCAAAGCAGGGUCCAGAGAAAACAUGAACGGCCGCCAGGAGGAAACCACAUUAGGGGGCCAACCGGUCCGUUUUGUGGAAAUCAACACAAGUGACUCCAGUACAGUGAAAUCGUCUAGUUAUAGUUAUUCGUUUGAGCAGAGUGUAGUUUGUGAUGGUGUAUGUGAAAAUAGUGUAAGCGUACACUGUUCUUCUCGCACCAAUGGAGAUACACCCGAAAAGUCUUUCAUCCAGUCCAGGAUAGAGAGAUUAUAUGGCCCCAGUGCCUUAGCUGCAGGAUUCCGAAGCCGUCGCUCACUUUUAGAGUUGGAAAAGGAGCAGAGAGAUCGACAAUCUGCUGGUUUCAGGAGUCCAGCAUCUCUUAUAGAUAACCAUUUUGAACCAGAGGAAAAGGCACCUGAAGGUUUUCCUAGUGUUUUUAGGCAUUUACGUCCAGAGUUUAGAACCCAGCUUCAGGUCAAGCGCAAUGUGAGGUUGAGAUCAGAUGGUCCUUUGGAUGGUUCAGUAGAAAUCGAUUCACCAAAGAGAUCUGGAAGAGUCAUUCCUAUAACUUUAACGGACACUAUAGAGAAACCACAGACUCCUCCUCCUGUUCUGCUCCCAAAACCACAAAACAUUGUCAAUAAAAACAAACUAGAAAAUGGUGUACGUGAGCGAAGUGGGCCUCAGGUCAUUGUUAAGAAAAUUGUGAACGGAAAUGGAAAUAUCAACGAAAUGGAAGUUCCCAUUGUUAAAGCAGCCUAUAUAAAUGGUGGUGUAGAGGAGAAGGGAGAAAUUGUUCUCGCUCCAAAUGAAUCAAAUGAUGUAAGAACUAGUACAAAAGUGAAUGGUGUAACGGAGAGCAUUACAGUUAAUGGUGAUAUAAAGAAAACAUCCAAAGGGGAAAAGGAUGGGCACUAUUUCUUAAAGAUAGUUGAAGAUGUUGUGGCUGGCAUAGAAGCUGAUGUAACAGGCAUUGAACCCGACCUGGAAACUUACAGAUCUGAGAUGAGCGAAGAAGUACGAGGGAAGGUACUAGCAGCAACUGGCAAGGCUCGCCUACUCAUUUCUCAAAAGAUUCAGCAAUUCCAAGGCCUUUGUCAUAAAAAUAUUGCUGGAUCUGAAGGCGAGGAAUUUCCUACAACAAGUGAAGAUCUUGCAGGAUUUUGGGACAUGGUUUACAUUCAGGUGGAAGAUAUAAGACACCUCUUCAAAGAAAUCAAAGCCCUGAAAGCUAAUGGAUGGAAAGAGAUACCUGACACAGAUACCGUUGAUGGUUUAGAUAAGAACGUUAGCACAGGCUGUGCGCGUAGGAAACCCGCCCCCAGACCCAUCAGAGCUGCUAAAUCUACUAAAGCUUCAGGAGAAGGAAAAGCGCGCGAUGAAGCUCGGAAGAAGCUAAUGGAAGAGAGACGCAAAGCCAUGAAGGAAGCCAUGAGAGCAAAGAAGGCUGAAGUGGAGGCACAGGGCGAUGUAGAUAGUGUAGAAAUUUUUACACCUGACUGUAAAUAAUGUGUAAGGUCAUCUUAAACAUGUAUACCUGUGGUAUGUGGUGUAAUAGAUGAGGUCAAAAGUGUCACAUUUAAGCUUUAAUAUAACCUAUUGUUUGGGUAUGUUUUGAAAGUGAAUGAAGAAUGUAUGUUGUAUCUUCUUUACAGGUGGUGAGGAAUAACGUAUGUAUGGGCAUAUACUCACAUAACACACACACUGUUGUCGCCAACUUUUGACUACACCAUUCUACUUUAUUGUUAACUGAUAUAGGUUAGAGUUGUUACUUGGGAAGGAAACUGCUCAUAAUUUUACUACAGCUUGGUAUACCAGACGUAUAUAUAUAUAUAUGUGAUUUCAUGUGAUAGUAUGCUUUCUUGAACUGUUUUUUACUUGAAAGUUUAUUCUUCUGUCUUGUUUGCAUGGUUUGAAUAAAUUCGUGGAUCUGAUUGCUAUUUAUGAUGUCUUAAGUUUGUAUCAAAAGACAUAUUUGCAUUUAUUACUGGCCUUGGGUUGAAAGGGAAGUUUGUAGUAUGAAAUGUGAAAUGUAUAUAAAAUUUUUAUUACAGCCACAGAUGACUAUGUCUGCAGUGAGAUAGCCUCAAGGAAUGUAGAGUUAAGUGCGUAUUGUGAUCUGGUAGUAUGUGUCGUGUUCUUUGUGUCAUUUUGAUUUCUUGGUUUGCAGGGUUUACUGUUAGAUGACUGCAUAGCUGUUCGAUAUAUGCUAGUGAGUGGAUUAGUGACAACAAUAAUUAACAGAUUUUGUUCACAAAUGCCCUUGUCUCUAGUACUAACAGACUGGGUUUUUUUACUCUAUUUUUUCUAUUUUUAUCCACAGGUCCUGUUUAUUGCCUAGAGUUUUACUGGGAAUAUGUUUAGCAUCAAGCACAGUAUUCUGUGAUGGUUAAAAGAGAAUUAACUGUAGUUCUUUUCUUUUCCCUUCUUGGUACUGUUGUGACCAAGUAUAACAAGGAACUUAUUGCUAUGAUUCACAAAUUUACUAAUUAAUUGGGUAUUUGGGGAAUGUACAUAUACAUUUCUAUAAGUUAAAGUCACUUGCUGGAAUUUUAUGAACCUUCAGUAGAUGAUUUGAUAACAUAGGUUCAUGUUCUGGAUGAAACCUUUUUUAUACUAUUCAAUCUCCAUACAUCGUACUUGGAUUCUGUGAUGUGUUUGUAAUCCCAAGUGGUGCGUGACUGUUGAGGUUAGUAUGUCUCGUUUUGCUGUAUGAAAUCAUUAAUAUGAUUAAGUGUGUUAGCUUUUGUGUGUGAAGGAAAUCAAUAAAAUUUUAUCGAAGCUGUUUGCGAAAAAAGGAAGGAAAAAAGAAUUUGUAUAAUACUAACAAUAAGCAAGUAUGGUAGAAUAUUUUUUCUUACCGUUUUAUGUAUGGCUGGUUUAACUCUAUUUAAAUAGUGUCUUUCCACGAAAUUCAGCAGUUAUAUCGACAUUUAAUCAUGCCUCAAUAUACUAAUGGGAUGAAGUAAUAUUGCAAGGGAAAUGGGUUCUUGUUUCUGAUUAGUUUAUUUUAAUUUCUUCAUAAUUUUUUUUUUCUAUAUGAAGAAACUACACUAAAUUUUUCUAGUAUUUUUGCAUGCCUUAAUCUCCCCGCAAUUUUUUUUAAAAUAUAGGAAUUUCAACUGGUAAAUGCUGGGAGACAUUUAACUUUGCUGUUAUGUAGUUAUUUUAAAAUCUAAUGUACAAGAAAUUUUUAUUUCAUUAAUAAUUAAUGUGGAAUACCAUAUUACUUUUACCACAUCCCACUUCUCUGUGCCCUUUCUCUACCUUGCAUCAACCUCGAUGUGGUUCUGCUUUCAGCUAUUUUUAUGCUGCAUCACAAGAAGCAAGUCUCGUGGUUCUUUCCUGCGUUUGUUUUCUGGCUAAGAUUGAUACCAAAAACUUCCCAGAAAGUGUAUAUAAUCUCAUUUCUAUUUGUGUACAAAUACAUGCUUUUAUAGUAUAAUAAUGUUAUUGACAUUUUUUAUACAACAAUUUUUGCUCUGCAUAAUCACCUGAAAUGGCACUAAUAAUACUUGAAUAUAAUGUAGUAUGGAUGGUGAGUUUGUAGAUUAUUUAUUGUUUGUAUUUUGUUGAUAGCCCAUUUUGUAUUUUGUUGAAAGCACAAAGUCAUCUUCAUAUUUGGUACUUUGGUUUUAUAAUUACGUUAAAAGUUUACUGAUUGUGCAUGUGAUGUGAUAUUUUGAUAGAGAUUGAUAUGAUGUUUUAACAUGUUCAUUCAAGUUGUACAAUUUCAGUUUUUUCCCAUUUAGUGUGUAAGUUAGUCCCAAUGAUCCUUCAGCUCAAAUUAUAUAAACUAUUGAAGAAUUUCAUUUUCUGGUGAUGAGAGUAAGUAAAUUGCUGUUUAGAUUCCAGUCAGUAAAUGAUAAUAGUCUAACUGAAAUACAUCAGAAAUGUGCCUUGUCAUGCUUCCUAAAUGAAUUUGAUCUAGAAAUUUGCAAUGAUCACACCAAAUAACUGAUAUACUUAUGUUCUGCUGGAAUACAUCAAGAUUUCAGUUCCAAGAUUGUGGGCAGUUUGUACUGUUUGAUUUGGCAGCUGUUGAUGUUUAUGUAAACUUUUAUACACCAAAAUAUGAUGUUAUAAGGAUAAGGAAAAUUGACUAAAUGUAUAUAAUGAGGAAUAUUAUAAAGAAUAAAGUCGAAAUAAUUAGAA